AUGGCGUCGCACGCCCUUAUCUCCUCGCGGUCGCACCUGCUGCGGAAGUUUGACAGCUGCCGCACCAUCUUCAUGUGCUGCGACAUCCAGGAAAAACUGCGCAACCGCAUCCCCAACUUCCAGGCGGCUGUUGACGUGUCGAACUCGAUGGCGACCAUCCACAACACCCUGACGCCCAAGCACUCCACCUUUGUGGUGACGGAGCAGUACCCGAAGGGGGUGGGGCAUGUUGCGAAGGACAUCACGUUGCCUGAGGGUACCCCGGUGAUCGAGAAGCUGCAGCCGUCGAUGCUGGUGCCGGAGAUGAUGCCCUACAUCGACGGUGACGCGGCGCGUGGCAUCUUGCCGGUGCAGCAGGCGGUGCUGUGGGGUCACGAGACCCACGUGUGCGUGCUUCAGACGGCCGAUGAGCUGCUGUCCCACAAUAUCCACGUGGCGGUGCUUGUCGACGGCUGCGCCUCACAGCAGCAGCUCGAUCACGAUGUAGCGAUCCAGGAGAUGGCAGGAUGGGAAAACCUCACGCUGACGACCACCAUCUCCGUCCUUCUGCAGCUGACGCGUGGCGAUCGCAUCAUGAGGGGGUCACUUAUGAAAGUUGUGAAGCCAAAGUGGGCCGACCCCUCUCGCUUCCCGAGCCUCCCCGCGGACGGCGAGAAGCCGAAGGCGUGA